UCGUCGGCUCUGUCCCUGACGGAAGCGGUGCGGUACCACCUGACGCCGCAGCUGGCGAAGCUGGACGGCCAGCACAACACAUCCAGCGAGCGAGGCGACAGCGGCAUCUCGGAGGGGCUGGUCAGUCCGCUCAGUGAGUCGCAGGACUCGCACGAGUGCUGGGAGGAGGGCAGCGCGGCCAGCGAGGCCUCCCGCGCCAUCCACGCCCGAGGGCUGCCGUCGUUCUAUUUCAGUCGACCGGGGCACCUCAGGACGGACCCCUCCCUGCUAGAGGCGGUGACUGCGCCGUACCCCGGGUACCCACGCGGGGAUCGGUCACGAGCCGCUCCGACACAGCGCAGGGAGCGGCACGCCCGCCGGCCGCGCAGUCACGUAUCGGUGGCCGACGUGCUCUCGGCUCUGCAGCAGCAGCAGCGCGCUGUGGCGGGUCUCCCCGGCGACACGGAGUGCCCCCAGGGGUCGCUGAGGAGGAGCAGGAGCUUCUCCGACGUGUCCACCCUGUCCAGGGACGACCAGACCAGCGGCGGCUGGGGCGAGCAGUUCGCCGAAAACAGCGCCAACACGGUGAUCGAGCGGACGCCGAGGCCACCCAAGUCGGUCCGGUUCGCUCUGGACUCUGACGACCCGAUUUAUCACGAGGUGAACGGGUCGUACGCGGGUAACGACAGCGACGCGCUGCGGCGCUCGCAGCUGUACCGAUCCUACCAGAACAUCGGCGCCGUGUUCGUGGGCAUGGAGAGCGCGACGCGGCCGCCGCCGCCCUCCACACGGCCCCAGCCGGAGGACGAGGAGACUUAUCUGGUGAUGCGAUCGCCAAUAAAGCGGCCCUCGGGACCGGCGCGUGCCAAUAUCGCGGAGUCGUCUCGCCAUCAGCCGACAUCCGGCCACGUGCGGCCGCCGUCUGCCGCGGCAGGUGGCUCGUGCGGUGCCGGAAACGGCAGCCGGGGGGCCAGGUGCGCCGAAAAACUGGAAACGUCGGAGCCGCCGGCGGUGCUGGAGCCGCGGGGGCCCGGCGGACGCCAGCGGCGGCAGCGCGAGACAGUCACCCGGCUGUCGCUGCUGCUGGAGGAGCGUCCGUCAGCCAUGGAGAGCGACGAGUCGGCCGACUGGUCCCUGGAGGCAGUCAUCAACGACACUCUGCAGCGGGACCUCUCCGAGACGGAGACCGGGGACGCUGACGGCACCGAGCGCGACGCGCCGGGAGGGGAUGGUGUCAGUGGUGGUGACGGACAGUUUUGGACGGUGGAGAGCGGCGACCCGUGCAGCGGGGACAGUGGGACGGAGAAGGAGAACACCUACUGCUCGCUGGCGCCGCCGGUCAGCGAUGUGAGCACCCUGGACUCGUGGAGUUCUCAUGCGCGGCCGCGCAGGAAACCUCCUCUGGCGGCGCCCCGGGCCUUGCCGCCGCCGCCGCCACCGGAGCCCGCAGAGCCGGUGUACGCCCGACUCGACCCGGCCAAGCUCAGCCCGCAGGUGGACAAAGUGACCUGGCACGGGCCGGGUCGGCCGACCGUGCGCUCCGUCAAGAGCCGGCACAAGUCGCCGGCGGCGGCCGGAGGUCGCAUCUGGAGACACCCACGCACCUCGGCCGCCAGCCACUCGACUCCGAGGAAGAGGACGGCCCGCCACCUGCGAGACGACUCGAACGACUUCCAGCUGGGCUCGCCGGGUUCGGAGUCGUUCGCCGAGACGCUGGGGCCCGGCGAGACGUACAGCAACCAGCUGCAGUUUGCGCGCACGGCCGACUCGAGCCUGGCCACCACCGUGUGGCUCGGACUGAUGGGUAGGAAGAGCCGGCGGGUGGUCAGCACACAGCUCAAGUCCAGAGACCUCUUCCAGCCCAGAGGUCACCUGAAGCUGCGCAUCUACGAGAACUGCGGCCUGCUCACCGUGCACGUCAUGCGCGCACGGAAACUGCGCUCACGCUCGGCAGAGCUCUGCAACGUAUACGUCAAGGUACAGUGGCAGCAAACUUACGGCCAACCUCAUACGUGACAUAGCCUCUUCUCGUCAAAACACGCGUAAAGCAAAACGGCAAUGACAUCUGUAUCGA